AUGGAACGCCGUUGGGAAAAAAGUGACCAUUGUACGCUAGUGUUUGAAUAUGCGUGUAGGGGUGAGCUGGCACUCACUAAGACAAAGAAAUACAAAUAUGACAAGGGAGUAGGAGGGAAUGAGAGAUCUAUUGUAGAGUGUUCAUUGGAAAGCAGAGCUGGAGAAAAGAAAUGUGCAGGAGCGGACAUAUUAAAGGAGAGCAGCCUACUGGAUACAGACAUCACAGAAAAAUCUAUUCUAAAGAAACCUCAGAACCUCAAAAUCGGCAAAGCACGUGGACCGGAUGGACAUCACCCGAGAGUACUGAAAGAAGUGACUCCAUGCAUCCCACCACCGAUACGGAUAAUAUACAGGAAGUCCCUGGACACUGGACAUCUACCAGCUCAGUGGAAGCAAGUGGCAAGACAAACAUACCAAACACCACCUAAACAAACAUACCAAACAUCACCUAAACAAACAUACCAAACACCACCUAAACAAACAUACCAAACACCACCUAAACAAACAUACCAAACACCACCUAAACAAACAUACCAAACACCACCUAAACAAACAUACCAAACACCACCUAAACAAACAUACCAAACAUCACCUAAACAAACAUACCAAACACCACCUAAACAAACAUACCAAACACCACCUAAACAAACAUACCAAACACCACCUAAACAAACAUACCAAACACCACCUAAACAAACAUACCAAACACCACCUAAACAAACAUACCAAACACCACCUAAACAAACAUACCAAACACCACCUAAACAAACAUACCAAACACCACCUAAACAAGCAUACCAAACAUCACCUAAACAAGCAUACCAAACACCACCUAAACAAACAUACCAAACACCACCUAAACAAACACCACCUAAACAAACAUACCAAACACCACCUAAACAAACAUACCAAACACCACCUAAACAAACAUACCAAACGUCACCUAAACAGUACAUAACACUCUUACCAAAUACUAGUACAAACAUACCAAACACCACAUAA